AUGAAUGCAUCAGCUGGCAUGGUGUGUCCAGUGCGCAGUGAUCCACUGCUCUUGCCUGGCAUCACUCUGGGCUAUAAGAUCUAUGAUAGCUGUGGCUCCAUUGCCAGGGGAGUGAGAGUUUCACUUGCUUUGGCUAAUGGUAUUGAAGAAUUAUCUACAUCCUCCCAGGCACCAUGCACCAGACCAGCCCAAGUGUCAGCCAUUAUGGGCGAGUCAUCAUCUUCUCCUUGCAUGGCAGUUGCUACUGUCACUGGACCUUUUUACAUCCCAGUGAUCAGCCACUUUGCCACUUGUGCUUGUCUCAGUGACAAAAUCAGAUACCCAUCAUUCCUCAGAACUAUACCCAGUGACUACUACCAGAGCCGGGCUUUGGCACAGUUGGUCAGACACUUUGGUUGGACUUGGGUGGGAGCAAUCCGAACAAAUGAUGAUUAUGGCAACAAUGGCAUGGCCACAUUCACAGAAACUGCCCACAGGCUUGGCAUCUGUCUGGAAUAUUCUGUAUCCUUCUUCAGAACUGAUCCACCAGAGAAAAUUAAAAAGAUUAUUGACAUUAUCGAAGCCUCUACUGCCAAAGUAAUUGUCACAUUUCUCUCUCAUGUUGAUAUUGUCAUACUAAUAGAGGAGUUUGCCCACCACAACCUGACUGGGUAUCAGUGGGUUGGCACUGAGGGCUGGAUCUUUGACUCACUCACUGCAGCUAUCGACAAGCAUUAUAUUCUGGGUGGUGCUAUUGGGUUAUCUAUCCCCAAAGCCCAUGUCAGCGGCCUCAGAGAGUUUAUACUGGAUGUAAUACCAUUAAAUACAUCCAGUCAUGAAUUAUUUACAGCAUUUUGGGAGGAACUCUUUAAUUGUAAGUUCAAUUCCACAAAGUUGUCAAAAGAAAACAUGAAACACUGCACUGGAUCUGAAGAUUUGAGCGGACUUAAGAACAGCUUCACUGACAUGUCGCUCAUGCCUAUAUUUAACAAUGUCUAUAAAGGUGUGUACGCUGUGGCCCAUGCACUUCACAGAAUUCUCCAUUGUAACAAAACAUGCAACAACAAUGUGCAGCUAGAUCCAUUCAUUAUUUUACAGCACAUAAGGAAAACUCAAUUCAAAACAAAAGAAGGGGAACAUGUUUAUUUUAACACAAAUGGAGACCCAGCUGCAAAGACAAUAGUUCACAUUAUUUACAUCGCCCAUGAGAAGGAAUGGAUAAAUAUCUGUACUGUUGUGACCGCAGACUCUGCCACCUGUGUUCGAUGCCAUCCUGAAUUCUGGUCAAAUGUAAGAAGAGAUGCCUGUGUUAAAAAGGAGGCAGAGUUUCUGUCAUAUGAAGAGAUGAUCAGAGUGCUACUCAUUUCAGCAUCCAUUUUUGGAACUCUCAUGACUGCUGCUGUGGCAUCGAUCUUCUUCACAUACAGAAAAACUCCGAUUGUCCGAGCCAACAACUGUGAGCUGAGCUUCCUGCUGCUCUUCGCCUUGUCUCUCUGUUUCUUGUGUUCUCUAACCUUCAUAGGCCGGCCCUCUGAGUGGUCCUGCAUGCUGCGACACACUGCAUUUGGGAUAAUUUUUGUCCUCUGUGUCUCUUGUGUUCUUGGGAAAACAAUAGUGGUGUUAAUGGCCUUCAGAGCCACACUUCCAGGCAGCAAAGUCAUGAAAUGGUUUGGACCUGCCCAGCAGAGACUCAGUGUUUUGACUUUCACUCUGAUACAGGUUAUGAUUUGUGUCUUUUGGCUGACAACCUCUCCCCCUUUUCCACUGAAGAAUUUUGAUGAUUUCAAAGAAAAAAUAAUACUGGAAUGCGCAUUGGGCUCAGCGGUGGGCUUCUGGGCUGUUCUUGGGUACAUUGGACUUUUGGCCCUGCUGUGCUUUGUGCUGGCUUUUCUGGCUCGGACAUUGCCUGAUAAUUUUAGUGAAGCUAAGUUCAUUACCUUCAGUAUGCUGAUUUUCUGUGCUGUCUGGAUCACUUUUAUCCCAGCGUAUGUCAGCUCUCCUGGAAAGUUCAGUGUUGUUGUGGAAAUAUUUGCUAUUUUAGCCUCCAGUUUUGGCCUGCUCAUUUGUAUUUUUAUUCCAAAAUGUUAUAUAAUCUUACUGAAACCAGAGAAGAACACCAAAAAGCUUAUGUUGAGGUAA